GCGUCGGUGUGUGUCGGACGGUCCUUCGAGCCGAAAAAUUAUUAAUUUCGAUUUUUUUGAAUAAAAUUUCCGAAAAAUCCGAUUAUGGCCGGUGUAUGAUUGUUCUUCGUUACUUUCCUAAGGUCCCCAAAUAUGUAUCGGACAACGUAUGUGCCGUUUUUAUGGUGUAAAUUGGCGUUUUUGUUGACGUUAGCUGCCGCAGUUAAAGGUCAUGCUGUUCUGGAAUUUUCCGUGGAACCCUCCGAUACGGUGGUGGAGGCCGGUCAAUCGGCGGUUUUAGACUGCGUGGUGCGCGCCUCCCACCAUCAGCAAAGUGUGUUGAUAACGUGGUUGGACGAGGGCGGGUCCAAAGUGACUUUUAUUGGGGAUUUAUUCAGAAACCAACUUACAAACGGCUCUUUGUACAUAAACAGUGUGAUAGAGGAACAGAGGCUCACCGGGACCUAUCAGUGUAUGGCAACGUUGCCGAAUGUCGGAUCAAUCGUCAGUAGGACAGCUAAACUUAGUAUAGCUAGACUUAACGGUUUCCACGAAGAACCAAGCGACAUAACCGUAUACCUGGGCCAAAAAGCACACUUCGCGUGCUACGUAGACGCAGUACCGACCCCGCGAAUCCGAUGGCUAAAAGACGAACGACCGCUCCAAAUAAACGACUUACGUAUGACGGUACUACCGUCGGGAGCCUUGGAAAUCGACGAGGUGGAGGAAAGCGAUCAGGGUUCUUACAGGUGCAACGCCUCCGGUUUAAACAGCCACAUCCUGAGCAAUAAAGCGACGCUCUACAUCAACAUGGACCAAGAGCAAGCUGCGCAUUCUGCAGCCCCAUCGUUUAUUGCUAGACCAAGGCCAGCCACUGUGGUGGAGGGGCAAAAUGUGACCUUGGAUUGUGCGGCCAAUGGCAAUCCGGUGCCGCGAAUCACGUGGCUGAAAGAUGGAUUUCCUAUUGAUAUGAAUGAUCUGGACAGCAGAUUUAGUAAAGUGGGAUCGACGAGUUCUUUAAGGGUGACGCGAAUUCAGGAGCAAGAUGGAGGUACUUACCAAUGCCGGGCUGAAAAUAGGGAGGACAGUUUGGACGCUUCCGCUUUAAUUGGGAUUCAAGUGCCGCCGAGGUUUUUGAAAAAACCCCAGGACCGUACCGAGUAUUCGUCAAAGGACGUCGAACUGGAAUGCAGCGUGUACGGCAUUCCGGAGCCGAAAAUACACUGGUUAAAAAACGGGGAUUUAGUCAAGUACUCGGAGUACUAUAAACUCGUUAAUGGGAACAAUUUAAAAAUAAUGGGGCUCAUGGUAUCCGAUUCGGGCAUUUUUCAAUGCUUCGCCUCAAACCCUGCUGGAAACAUCCAAGCGUCGGCUAACCUAAAAGUUCAAAAUUCAGAGGAACCGAAAGAAAAGAAAAAACGCCCAAAAAAAAUCCAAAAAUCCCUGCUGCAAAAAAAACAAUCGAUCUCGUUUUUCUCGCUUAAGUCGGAAGAGGGCGGCUCGUUGGACCAAUUAAAUUUCGGGCAGAUGCGUAAACCGAACUUACCGGAAAUACCCAUCGAUCCGCAUUUCGCGUUCAGUAGCUUAAAAAGUAGCGAGUCGGGCGACGAUUUGAAUUUGGGCGAUCAGUCGUUCGAUUCGGGGGACGUGCAGGCGUUUUCCUCCCUAAAAUCCCGUUUAGCAGGUGGUUCCGAGAGGACGAUCACGGAGGGUUUACCCGGUGCACCGCAGGACUUGAAGGCGGUCAUUGUCAAGGCACGAUUCGUCAUUUUAAGUUGGAAACCUCCGGUAGAGAACGCGCAUAAUGUGGAGGCGUAUGCGAUUUAUUGGAGGCAGGAUGGCAGCGACAGGGAACGCUACCAAAACACUUCGCGAAAUAAGCAAGAAGAAAUCAACAUCGGAUCUCUAUGGCCGGGAAAAAUCUACCAUUUCCGGGUGGUACCGAUAACCGCCCACGGUCCGGGAGUAUCUUCGGCCACCCUGACGGUUACGACUCAGGCGGAAGAAAACGUUCCCUCCGCUCCUCAAAACUUCGAAGCUUUCGCGACCAACCCUAGAAACAUACAUAUUCGAUGGAAACCACCAGAGAUCACCAACGGAAGGAUUUUGAUGUACACUAUUUACUACAUGGAGACUUUAUCGUCGGAAGAGCGUAACGUAGACACCACCGAAUUGCAAUACGAUUUAGGCGGUUUAACUCCAUACACCGAGUACAACAUUUGGGUGGUGGCGGUCAACGCCAAAGGAGCGGGAGACGCCACUCAAGAAAAACUAGUAAGAACCUUUAGUGCCUUGCCGACAGAACCUCCUAGCAAUGUCAGUGUGGAACCUUCAAGUACCAGCGUGGUAGUAAGAUGGGAACCACCCCCGAUCGGAUCCCAAAACGGAGUAAUUUUGGGCUAUAAGAUAAAAUAUCGGAAAAACAAUUCGAAGGGUAAAGGAAACACGACGAUAGUCCCCGCGCAUGAAAGACACGCUGUACUAAAUAAUUUGGACCGAGGUGCGACGUAUCAGGUUCGAAUUUGGUCCAUGAAUAUCAACGGUACUGGGCCGCCGAGCGAUUGGAUCGAGUUUGAUACUUUUCAGAACGAUUUGGACGAGAGUGUCGUGCCUGAUCAGCCCAGGGACCUUAAAUAUCGUCCAACCUACGAGAAACUCUUUCUAAUAUGGUCACCUCCAGCCAACCAGAAUGUUCGAGUGAGAAGUUACAUCAUCGGCUGGGGCAAAGGAAUUCCCGAUCAGUACACUGUUGAGCAGGAAGAACGGAAUAGAACGUUUGUCAUUGAGGGUCUCGAACCAAACUCCGAAUACGUGAUAAGUUUACGAGCCAGCAACAAUAUGGGUCCGGGUCCACCGAUUUAUGCCACCGCUAAAACGCAAGACGAACCUCCGCCGGAACCGACUGCGGCCCUUUUGCCCCCCGUAGGGCUGAAGGCGCAAGUCGGCGGUCCGACUUCUGUCGUUUUGUACUGGACCGAUCCUACUUUAAAACAAACUCAGUAUGUAAGAGACAAUCGACUGUACAAAGUCAAAUAUACGGAGGAGAGUUCUGGAAAAACGAAAAUUAUGAAUUCGAGCGAUUUGAAUAUCAACAUCUCGGACUUAAAACCCAAUACUUUAUACGAGUUUGCUGUAAAGUUGGUCAAAGGACGUAGAGAGAGCGGUUGGAGUAUGGUAGUCCAAAAUCGUACUUGGGAACUCCCACCUGACGUCGCACCGAGGAAUGUCGACGUACACUUUAAAGAUGAAGAUUCGCAGUUGGUGGAAAUAACGUGGCUGGCGCCUAAAACUUCUAAUGGACGAAUUACCGGUUAUGUUAUCUUAUACACGGAUAAUAAAAAUAAAACUGACGCGUUGUGGAAAGCUUUACCGGUCAAAGGCGAUAAUCAUUCCAGCAUUAUUUACAACCUGGAACCGUUCACUUUAUAUUAUUUUAAAGUGCAGGCGAGGAACAGCAGGGGAUACGGACCGUUUUCCAAUACCGUAUUUUUCAGGACGGGCCAAAAUGUUGCUAGACAAGCGCCUGUACAAGGAACGGCAGAACAUUCGGGAGUUUUCUCAGGAAACACCCUGCUACUAAUAAUCAUAGGCAGCUGUAUCUUAGUGCUGGUCACUGCAGCGUUUGUGGUUGCCUACCUUUGUUGUAGGAGACGAGAGAAUACCGAAUUGGCGUCACCUAAUAGGGACAAGAAGGGAUACCAAAAAGGCAACCAAACCGUCAAACCUCCAGACCUCUGGAUCCAUCACGACCAGAUGGAAUUGAAAGCGAUGGAAAAACGACACUCGACGAACGAUGGCGCCAGUAGUAGCGGCGCAUUGACGUUACCGCGCAGCGUAGGCGGUAACGAUUACGAUACCCACGACAAUGUACAUACUAACUCUUUAGAUAAACGCACUUAUGUUCCUAAUUAUGGUGAGGAUAAGUGCAGAAAACCCAGAUCGAAGAUUACGCUGCCAGUGGACUCGAAACCCCCAAGAGAACCAAUAGCCACCCCAAUUAACACAGCUACCUUAAGCCAAUCCAGCUCGGAUUCGACUCCGUCCAGUAGACCAAACUACCCCAGGACCAACUAUCAAGUGCCAAGGACGCACAUGUCCUUGGAAUCUACCCCGAAUAAUACCGUGGAAAAUGUUUAUUCUGCCCACCCUGGCGGGCCAACCGGGUAUGACGGACCGGUAACCCCUAGUUAUAUAAAUCAACAAGCUCCUCCUGGUAGCACGUACGCCCCCGGUAUGAACGUUCUCACGGAAUCGCAGGCGGCCAAGCGGGUUCAAGGUCAAGGUCAUCCUUUGAAAAGUUUCACGGUACCUGCACCGCCGCCAGUGUCGGCGCCUGGUACCCCUCAACCUAAACAUAUUGUUACAGUACGGCCUACAUCAUCCCCAUACAAAAAACCACCGACGAGCAGCACGAGCACACUAACGGGCACCCCACCUUCGAGGAUCAGCACGGCUAAUCCUCCUCCUCACACUGCAGAGGAAAUGCAACGUUUACAACCCUCUCACUCCACCGAGGAGCUCAACCAAGAAAUGGCGAACCUGGAGGGUCUGAUGCUCACUUUGAACGCCAUUACUGCUAACGAGUUCGAAUGUUGAACGCCAUUUGUUGUUCGGUUUAAGAUAGAAAAGGAGAGCAGUUUUAUAAACUCGUGUGCCUUUUUUAGCCAUCUAGAUUGAAUGUCUCAAGAUCUCAGGAUUCGGUUUUAUAUAUUUUCUAAUGCAAUCUGCUCGUUUGCUGGUUAGGUUUAGGUGAAUUUUUGUUUAAUGCGUUUUUAGUGAGAUGUACGUACUGAACGUGGAAUAUUUCGUGUUAGUUAUAUUUGAGUGUAGUUCCAUAUCAAAAGUCGCCAAAUCCUUUACAAAUAUUCUUUUAUAUAGACAUUCAAUUCAAAUUUAAGUACAGUAUUCUCCGCUUUUUGAUUUUCUAGGCUAGCGGCGAAAAAUAUCUUCAUAGUAAUAUAAAAGAUUGAUGUGAUAAAGAGUGGUAACAUCUGUUUUAGUAUCUGAAGAAUAUGUAGGCAGCGUUCUUACUUGAAUUAAAUCAGUAUUAAAUUUUACUUUUUUAAAAUCUCUGGAAUACAAGUAAUGUCACAAUAACCUCGAAUUUAAGUACCAAGAAGGAAAUGGCUGAAAAUAAGUAAAAGUGAAAAAAACAAGUCGAAAUGCCUAGAAAAUAUCCGGAGAUUUCCUUAGAAGCCCUGGAAUAUCAAAAAUCUUUUAUUUGUGGAUACAUUUUUCUCGAUUUCUUCCUUAAACCUGGUAUAGCUGGCAACUAAAUCAAAAGAGUGUUUUUUCCUUAAAUUUAUUUAAAAAUAUGAAAUAUUCCAGGGGUGUUAGGUUUAGUGUUGAACUUUGUUCAACUAUCUGGAAUAAAUUGAAAAAUAAACUUCAGAUGACUAGAAUAUAUAUUGAAAAUCCCCUAAAAACUCUGGAAUAUGACAAAUCUGUUGUUUUUGUAGAAAAAGAGAUUCGGACUAAGAAAAAUAUGGAUCUUUAUUCUUGAUUUUGAAUUUUCUCUGCUCUUUUCUUAGAUCUGAAAUAUCUGGCAAAUAUAUCAAAAAUGUGUUUGUUUGUUAAAUUUAUUUAAAAUUUUAAAAAUUCUAGGGAUUUAAGUGACAAAUGAAAUUUUUUCCUGAAGAAACAUCGUUUAAAUAGCUGGAAUAAAAUGAAAAAUCACUCCAAAAAUUCUGGGAAAAAAAUCCAGUGGCCUCAAAUGCCUGGAAUAAAAUUAAGAAUAAUCUAGCUAAAAAACCCCGGAAUGCUUAAACCUUCCACUUGAAUUCCCGGAACAAACUUCAAAUGCCUGAAAUAAAUUUAAAAAUUACAGCGAAAGUAUGGAAUAAGCAAAAAAUGAUUCUGGAAUUUUAUUAUUCUAUAUAAGAAUAUUCCUUAAUCUUACACACAAUUUAUUUAAAGAUUUUGUUCAGUCAAGCUAAGUUUGUCUUCGUGGAUAUUUUGGAAAAUAUUCCACACUUAGAAACGGAUUAAAGGCCUUCGUUGUGAAAAUCGAAAUUGGCUUAUAGUUUUCAAUUUUAUUUACAGACCCACCUUUAAAUAUCGGAGAAAUUUUGGAAUUUAUUCGCUAAUCAAGAAAUAAUCUUUCUCAGGCAAAAAUAAAAGAAGAUAGUUUAUCAUAUUCAGCUAUAUAUGCAUUUUUUAAGCAUUUUUUGAGUGGCUUUCAAACUUAAUCCCUUGUAAGUGGGUUAGGAGAUAUGUUUUGUGCGCUCUUACUGAUUACUGAUUUAUUUGGUCAUUUGUUACUACAUAUACAAUAGAAUAAGACAAGUCAGAAGAAAGAAACUGAUAAUCCUAACUAACUUAUUUAAAAGAGUAAAACUAUUAUAAAAAAAAACGAAUUACACUUAUAUAAAACUUAAUAACUACAAAAGUACCAACAAACAGUACAAGCAAAGUACAGACACUGACCAGCCAGAAGUGACUUCUUUCAACAUGUCGUUGAUAUCAUAGACGACAGAAUUUAUAAUAAGCCGUUUUAGUCUAUUUUUAAAUAUAUUGAAGUUAUCUAUUUGUUUUAACGAAGCAGGCAGUUGAUUAAGUAAGCUAAUUCCUUCAUAAAAGGGGGUCUUUUUAAAAUAAACACAAGUUAAAUGUUGACAGAUAAAGAGCAUCCUUACCUCUAAUACUAUAUUUAUUAAAAUCACUUACUUUGGAGAAAUAUUCUUGAUUUUUUAAUAAGUACAACAAUAAUUUAAAUAUAUAAAUUCCGGGCAUUCUUAAAAUAUUAUAUUUUUUAAAUGUUUUACGGCAGCUUUCAUAUUUGAAACCAAAAAUCAGUCUCAGAAAUCUUUUUUGGAAUAUAAAUACCCUUUUUGCCUCUGAUCUAUUAUCCCAAAGAGCAACAUGUGAGGUCAAGAGAGGGUAAACUAUCCCAUAGUAUACACUCAAUAGACCCUUCAUUCCUAGAUGCCUUUUAAGGAUAAACAAUGAAAAAUACAGUCUAGAUAGUUUGCUGCAUAUCUCGUCGAUUUGAGAAAGAAAAGAUAAGUGUUGCUCUAUUAAUUUUACUAACAGUAUACUUAUAAGAAUCAACAUAUACGCUUAAAGAAAUCAGCAAAAGUAUUACCUAUGUUUGGUCACCAAAAGUCUCCAUUGCUCCCCGUAUGUGAUUUUGACCAAUAAAUUCCAAAAAUUGACAAGGAUUAUUUUUAAGUGACAGCAUAGUUAAUAUUUGAGACACUCAUAAUUACCACACAAUACUCCUUCAAUCCACAAUGCAGAGUAGAUUUUCAAGUCAAAUGAGUGGCUCAUUAACAUAUUUGUCUUUUUUUACUGAGUAAACAUUUUUGACCUAGGCAUCAUAAUCGUUCCAAUAUGAACUUUUAGUUUUGUUGGCGAGAUUAGGUCUAGGAGUAUUUGAAAUAGUGACAUAGUGAAAUAUGUUUCAUUGAUGUUUACUUCAAAAGAUGUAAUUUUGCCCUUCAUAUUUUUAAAUGUAUAUUCAGGCGUUUUUUUUUGUUGGAUAACGAAAUGUUGCUUGCGCCGUUACCUUAAACAUUUUUUUAAAUUGUUUCUAGUUUGAGUAAAAGUAAAGAAAUUUUAGAACUGUGAGAGAUUUAAAUUAUAUUUCUUGUUCAUAGAAUUUACUAAAAGAAUUACUUUAGAUUUUAGAACUUUCUCCACAGAUUUUUCUAAAAUAUACCAAUCAAAUGGUAUUCUGUAUUCAGCUGUGGUUUCUACACCAAUAAUUAGGCCCACGACAUCGUUUUUAAUUCAAAUUAUACGACACAGCAUGUCGUACAUGGAAUUCCACCAUGUUACCGCAUUACUGUCUUUGAUUUUACCUCUCAAGGCUCAAUAUAAUUUAGAGCCGACGACAAAUUUUUAGCACUCGUAUAGGUGUAGUUACUAUCCGCCCAUACGAGCCGAAAUAUGUUUUGCACGAUUUGUAAAUAAUAGGAUAACUAGCCCAUAACUAAUCAUGAACUUUAAUGCAUGGUCUCAACUGAAACGUAUAGAACUACCUAUAAUAAUGCAAUCGUAAAAAAAAGUCUACACAAAUCAGCCCUUAAAGGUAAAUUUUACUCGGGCACCGGUCAGUAAGAAUUUAACUUAAUCAUUUACUGAAUAAACUAUAGUAAAUAAUUUUUUUUAAUAAACGUAACCUUUGAGGAUAUUUCUUAAACUGUUUGGUCAUUUGUGUGCUUAUAAAGCUUCUAUUUAGCAUAAGUCAAAGGAACCAUUUAUAGUAAACAAUCGUAAAGUGUAAGUCCAAUUAUGGAUCUUAGAACUCACAUUUUUGCGUCAUCGCUGGCCUCGCACAGGUUUCGUAGGUGCUAACUUUACUUUCUAACCUCAUGUAUCUGUUUCGACAGAUGUCUCGUGAGUACCAAUGUAUUAGGGGGGCUUUUGAUGUUUGAGCUCUAACUCCUGUUCCACACUCUGAUUUUAAACAUCUUCGGAGCUCUCUGCAUGUAAUGAUUGUGCUUUUGUGAUUUUUAAAUCUGUAUACGAGUCUUUCUAAGUUGUCUUUAUCUUCGGAGACCGCAUCAUUAGCGUAGCAUACUAUUCUUAUUUCUGCAUAUCCCUUUCGAUUGAUGGAAUUAACGAUUGAAGAAAUGAUUGGAUGAUUUCAGAAAUCGGUCAUUGAUCGAGUCCGUCACAAGUAAAUGAUCAUAAUACACUCCUCUAAGUUAAAACAACCCGGUGUAGAGAGUAUUUGCAACAAUAUUACCAAGAUAGCAAAUUAUAGAGAGAGCUUUUAUUGAGAAGAAUAAAAAAUAAAAAGAAAAAAAUAGGAAUAAAAACUGUUCAAAUUAAAACAAAGAUUCGAAGUAAAAUUGAUUUUCUUCUAAAAUUACUAUAGAUAUUGUGUAAAAAAUUCUUAUAAUUGUAUAUAGAAAUAUUAGUAAACCAGUGAUAUGAACAUAAAUAGUUUUUCCUAACUUGAAGGGAUAAAAGGCGAGUUUUGAUAUGGAAAGCCUCAAUUUUGCCACUAUUUUGUUUAUACAGGGUUUAGUUUUGGGAAAACUAAAAAGGACUAUAAAAUGAUUAGUGAAGUUAGCGGAAAACACACUUUUUAAAUUCUAUAUUGGAUGUAACCGGUGUCUCAUUUUAAAAUAUAUAUGAGGAGAACUUUUGGAGAAGUUUGAAACAGAAGAAAAGAAAGCAUAAAUCCAACCACUUGACAAACGGUUUCUAAGGUCAUUUCAAGGCUUAGGAUAAUUUUGUAUCUAAAAUAUCUUGAUUAUAUGUUAUACCGGAUUUGAAAAGUUCUCUGAAAACCUCAAUUAAAUAUUAAAAUGGAACACCUUAAAUAAGCUUCUGUUGCAGCAUAAAAUACAUUACUUUGUGCCAUACUUGGCUUCCGUACACUACACCAAAAAUAUUCUGUAUAAACGCCCUGUAUAACCCCAAGACUGAUUUUUACAUUAUUUUGUUAUUGGUUUGAUUGUUGAAUGUUUCCGAAAGAAUCGAUGGUGACUUUUUUUUCAUUGUAAAAACUUAACUGCGCAGAAAUACGGGCCUUAAGACAUAAUUUUACCGAUAAGGGGUGUCCCAAGAUGUAUUAUUAAUAAUUGGAAAGUCUGAAUGUGUAAAGAAAACUCUUUGUUUAACGGAAUUUCGCUUAAAUGACUAUCAUCUUCAGGCGGACAUGAAAAACUGAGAAUAGAAACUUUUGUCACCAUUUGCCAGAAAUAGGAUAAAAAAAUAUUGUUGAACAGGGGAAACCGCUGUAGAACCACGAAAGAGGACCUAAUUUUGAUAAUUUUUUUUGCGAAUAUGGAUAAGGGAAUCGCGUUUGCGUAUUCAAUAUUUAAUCAAACACAGGCUAAAGUGUAAAAAAGAAUAUUUUUACACUUUUGGCAGAGAGACAGACAAGACAUUUUGUGCUCUUAACUAGAAAACGUCAAGAAAGACUAAUUACAUGCAAUAAUAGGCAGAAAUGGUAAUUUUGGAGGUUUAAAGUUCAAAAAAUGUGUUUGGGUUACCUUGUUUCGAAUGUACCGAAGUAAUUUUUAUUAUUUUUCAUAGUUAUUUUAGUAUAUUUUGUUUGUUUUAAAAUGAAAUUACAUUUUUAAUAGCGGGGAAAUAUGGCAACAUAAAUGUCAAUCGCUCACUUUUUGACCUCCAUCGGACCUACUCGCAAUACGAACACUGAACCUUAGAGCGUGCCCAUGUAGGUCUGCGACGUGAAAACUCUCGUUGCCAUAUUGUCGUCGUCAGAAAGAGUAUAAUCAUAAAUGUCCAAUGAUACGGUAUUGCCAUAUUACCCGCGCCCAUGGGUAAUAUGGCAUCUAGCUCAGGGUAAUAUGGCAACAUGUUUUCGUUAUGUAAAAAUUAGGAAUGAGGAGUUUCUUUUUAAUAAAAAAUGCUAAUGAUCCCAAAAACAUAAAUUUAUUUCUAAUGAAAGAAGUUAAAUACAAAACAUGAAAACUUAUUAAUAUAAUUCCUAGUGGCUACUAGUAAAUAUCCUCUAAUUUAAUUGUUUCUUUAAGCAAAUUCGGAUAAUGGCGUACAUUCUUCGCAAAAUCGGUCAGAUCUCGUACAUAUCUCAUGGAUCCAUUUUAUACAUGUCACGCACUGAAGCCAGUCGCAUUUGGGACCUUUUUUGUCAUAAAAUGAUCCAUGACAUUGUACGCAAAAUUCUGAUUCAUCAAUAUCGACUUCAGAUUCGUCGCUUUCCUGCGUUACUACUUCUGUUUCGGUAUCUGACGAAGAAGAGCUUGGUAGUUCUUUGGUUUUCUUCUUUGGUAUCCCGGUUUUCUUCGUUUUCUUAAUAUUUUGUAUUUUUUUCCGUUCUUCUUUUUGUUUUAAUUCUCUGUUCUUUUCUUCUUUCUUUGCCCGUUUUGCAGAAAUUGUUUCUGGUGAAGUUAGUAUCUCGGCAUGUUGUUUCCGUUUAUAGCCACUUGGUCCUGGUUCGACGCGUGGAACCGGUAAAAUUGCUUCAAAGGAAUUCGUAUCUUCAGGUUCCUCAACUGCAGUGACAUUACCUGGUCUCCUCCUCACUGGAAAUCUCUUCUGGGUUAAGACUAUCUUCAACCGAUGGUUCGUCGUUGACCAUAAAAGCAUAAUCGGGAAUUUUUUCGGGAUUAAAAGGGUAAAUCCCACAGGUUCUAAAACCGGAAGUCCCGUUUUGAAUUGUUGCAGCCUUACACCAGGCAAUAUUUAAUAGUUGGGCAAAUUGCAAUCGGCUUAGUUUUCGACCAGGAUUGUUAUGUACCCAGUUUUGACAAGUUUGAGCCCAAUAAGCUUUUAAGGGCUUAAAGAAAGAGCGAUCAAGCGGUUGGAGCCAAUGAGUAGGAUGGCUGGGCAAACAAAACAGGAUUACGUCAUUCGCUACAGCAAAAUCUAAGAGUUCGACAUUGGAACAGUGCGAGAAAUGUCCAUCUAUAAUUAUUAGAACCUUACCGGUACCUUUCCGCGAAAUAAAAAAGUCUUUAAACUAUUGGAAGAAAAUUUCAGAUGUGACAUAAGCUGACUUUUCGCCCAUAACAACCUUGCCGCCAGGUGGUAGGCCAUCUUUGAAUUCUCGUUUUGUAUUUUUGCCCUUAAAUAUGCAGCAGGGUGGGAAAAAAGUUCCUUCUGCAUUUACACAGGUUAUAACGGAAAUAGUUUUUCCUUUUUCAGCGCUUGUGAUACAAUUUACCAUUUUAGCGCAUUUUGUUACCACAACUUUGCCUGGAUUGUUAUUCAAUUGUAAUUCUGUUUCAUCGAGAUUAAAAAUCUUUUGUGGGGUAUUCAAUAAAUUAUUUUCAAGAACGUUUCCCAGUAAUUCAAAAUAUUGUGUACAUUCUUGUUUUGUCAUGCCCUUGGCCCUGCCAGACAAACCUUGAGCCUUACGAACGGCCAGUACAGGGUGUCUUCUCAUAAAGGCUGGAAACCAGUCUUGUCCAGCCAUUUUCUGUUCAGUAUUGAAUUUAUGUGGAAUAUUUUGUUGGACCACAAAAGAAUAAGCAAGCUUUCUUAUAUCAUGAGCAGUUAAAGCAAAGCCGCAAAAUGCCAUGUUUUGUAUAUAUUUGGCUAAACUUGCUUCUUGUUCCAUAGUAAGUGAGCCUUUGCGACCUAAUGCCAUCUUAUCCAAAUUUCCGGAACGCAUUCUUCUCAUUAAGGUUCUAACUGGAACAUUAUAAGUACAACUUAUUUCCCGAACCAACCCUUUGCCUGCACGAAUAUCACUUACUGGAUUUCGAAGAUCUAUUUGUGACCAUUGGGCCCUUCUAUUUUUCCGAAUAUAAGAACGUGGCAUUGUGUUUAUCUGAAAUGAUAAAAAAAUACGAAUCACCUAUCAAAAAAGUACCUGGGGGUAAUAUGCCGCACUUGCAUUUUCAUGCGGCAUAUUACCCCACGGUGCAACACCAACGUUUCAACUGAAAAGCUCGCCACAGCAACGUGGAUUAUUUCAAUCGGAUCACAAAAACUUUUAAAAACUCCUACCAUAUAUAUCGUAUAAAAAUAAUUUUUCGUGGGUACUUACCAGUUUUUGGGGUUUAUCGUGCACUAAAUGAUGAAAAUUAUAGGAAAUCAGUAAACAGGUGGUUGACUACGUUAAUGUCGACAGGUUACUAUGGUAGUGCGAUGGCGUAACCGCCAGAGUGAGCUAUGAGCGAACUGAGGCAUAUUACCCGAUGCGGCAUAUUCCCCCGCUUUACUCUAUACAAUAUUCACAAACACCAAUCAAUUUCAAGGUCUGUAAAAUAUUUUUUAAAUCAAAACUGGCAGGCUUAAUAUGAUAAUUUCUGCCUCAGCGGGUCAUGCAAUUUAUUCUUCCGUAGGAUUUUAUAGUUGCUGUGACGCACAGAUAUCGAUUUUUUGAAAAUCCUAGAGUGGUUGUACCUCUUAAAACUAUUUUUGGGAUAUUCAAAAUAUAAAACAAAUAAAUACAUUUUCUGGCAUGAAGCCAUCAAUUUUGUGUCUAAAUCAAAACGUCCAGUUUUCCUUUAAACCUCCUUUUGGUCAUCAAUUCGAAUAAAACAGAACUUAUUAACAUUAAUACUGAACAAAAAUAAAAUAUAUUUUUUUAUUAGCAACUUUCCCAGGUUUUAGGACACCCCUUACACAUAAUAAAAAAAAGAAAAACAUACUAUGGCCUCAACUUUUCAAUAUUUUUAUAUUUUUCUUCACUUCCGUAUGUUAAAAAACUAAUUUUAAGGUAAAAUGAUCUCAAAAAGUGAACAUUUUGUUUGACAAUAUCCCCACUGGGCGCAGUCUGUAGGAUAUAACGAAAGCGAUUUUACAAAGCAACUAUAUACGAUGCUAAAAAAAAAAGAAAAUUACGUUUUAGUAACUUUUCUACCCGAUAAUAAUAAAAACUAUAUAAGUUAUUUAUUUUAAUUUUAAGUCGACCUGAAUUUAGUUUUAGUGGGUGGAUAUAAAUGCGAAGUUGUCAGUAUUUACAUAUGUGUCUUCUUUUUUGUGGAGUAAGGAUAUUAAUUAAUUGGAAACCCCCACUGCCAGAAAUAGAAUUUUUUAAUUAUUGUCGAUUUUCGCUUCACACUAUUUAACAACCUUAUACACUUAUUUAUUAUCGUAGGUAGUUAGUUUUUUAACUUCUUGUAAAUAAACUUGUACAAAUAUAUUUUAUUGUAUUACGUUUUGUACUAUUGUACUUUUCGUACGUUGUUUUAGCGCACGCGUUUUAACCUUAUUUCUAUUGUACAAUAGGACAAAACGUUGGCCAUUUUAAAUAGUAGCUUUUUUAAAGAAUUUUAGUAUAGUAACACUUUUAUUGCUUUGUAAAUUUUUUUUGUAUUGUGUUAAUAUACAAAUAAAAAGGAACUUUGAAUGAUGAAGACUAAACGGUUUAGUCUUCUUUUAUUAACUUUUUAAUAAUCAUGUGAUGUGUAAAACUUUUUUAUAUUAAAUUAAUAUGUAGGAUAAUAAUUGACAAAAAAGGAAUUGGGGGCGGCGGCACGACGCCUUUUCAGUGCACAUAACCGUUCUGCCUAAUAAUGGACGCCUAUUUUUUUUUUCGAAAGGCAGCAAAACUAUUUUAUAAAAAAUAAAAGGUUUUUUACUGUAAGUAGUAACUAUUAUUAAUGUGACUGAGAAAAGAAUAAAGGGAAUAUUCAUUUUAAUAA